AUGGAGAAGAACUUUUCUCGAACAUGCGACCAUAGAGGAGCCAGUGGCGUCGGAGUUCUCGUCAACACGAGGUGGGCCGUGAGCAUCAAUUUAUUCGAACGACUGAUAACCCGAAUAGAACGUUUGUGGCUGAAGAGAUGGGAAUUAAUAACGUCUCUGACAUUCUUCGUCACCUACGCAUUGGCAUUCAGCUACGACAAGGAUGAAGUCGACACAUUCUAUUUCGUGUUGAAAUUCUACGGAGAAGGCUAUACAUUCUUUUAG